GUUUCUUGCAAUAUCUAUUUUGUUGCAAAAUCUAAAUAUCAUAGUCGAAUGCCACCAACAAACAUGGCGCAGAUGUGUGCAAUAUGCAAGUGAAACAAUUAGGGCAAAAGGUAUGGAUAUGAUAGAUGAUGGUCAUUACUGUGAUCAAUGUGAUUUAGGCUUUUCAAGUGAUGCUGCAUAUGAAAACCACAAGUCCAAUUUUUGCCCUGACAAAAUUACAUUCCAUCAAUCACAAAAUAUAUCAUCUGGCAGAAAACUGGCAAGCAAGGGUUUAUCAAAAGUCAGUUCACAUGGGUUCUCAAACAAGUUACAAGGAUAUUCUUUGACUUCCAAGUAUGAAACAAAUAUUGAGGGAUUACAAAGACAGGCAAAUACAUUAGAAAAAGAAAAAGAAGCGAUUUUAAGGCAGUUGCAACAUUUUGAAGUCAAAGAACUCGAAGAAAAUCAACAAUUUUAUUCCCUGCCAGCUACUAAAAACUACUGGAAAAACACACCUAUCGAUGAACAAAACUUGUCCUUGGAAGAGAAGUUAAUUCGUAUGCAUGAAAGUUUGAACUUAAAAAUCCCAUUAAGGGUUAUGCAACAAGAAUAUGAAAAUAAUGGUGGACAAGAUAGAGAAGUUCUUCAAUAUUUUGAUCAACUUGAGGAGGAAAUAUUAAAUUCUCAAUUGCAAGUUAAAAAAGUGAAGCCUGAUCAUGUUCUUCUGGAAUUACAAAACCAGUUAAAGAUGUAUAAAGCACAACAUGAGGAAAUGAAAAAAGAGAUUGAAAGUUUAAAAACUCAACAAUAUUCCAGCAAAUUGAGUUAUGGAAAUCAAGAACAUACCGAAUCUGACAAUUUUUACCGAGGGAGCAGGAAUAACACUCGAAGAGGAAAUACUUUGAUCAAUCAAUCUACAUUUUUAAAAUCUUAUCAUGAACAGCGAUUAAUCGACAUGAGACAGGAAGCAGAAAUAUAUCGUCAACAACUUGAAUUGGAAAGAUUACGACAUGAGCUUAUGUCAUUACGUGGACAUCCAGACAGACCUGUUUUACCUCAUAUUGGUGCUCAAAUUACACAUUCAUUGCCAAAUCAAUUUAUCAACUUAGAAAGUGAUUUUUACCAGAUGUCUCUGCAUAAACAAGGGGAUGCAUUUUUACUAUCACCUUAUGAUCCUGGGUCUGGUUUUUCAGUGUUUUGGGAUUUUGUGUCAAUGCCAAAUUUGAUUUCUAAUUGUUGUCGUCUGUUGGUAAAACUCUACGAAAAUAAAAAUGCAGUUUCAGACACCAAGACACUGCCAACUGUGGCUUAUGGUCAAACAAAUAUGUAUGGCCACAGUUUACACAGAAUUCCCUCCUCUGAUGUAGCUGUCAUUGGUGUCAAGCAAAUGUUCCCAAACUGCUUCCCCAUGACAAGUUUAUCUCUUUGUGUUUGUCUACAAACUGGCAAUGGGCAACACAAUAAUAUGUUGAAGGAUGUCGGAUGGUGCAAGAUAGAUUUGUUUGAUGGUUGUAGUAGGUUGACGUGUGGAAGAUGGAAAACUCCAGUUCGUGUGCUACCAAUUCAACCAGAGUUAAACACAGCUUCUUUGAAUGCUGUUCCACAGCUUGGUCAAACAGAGUUAUAUUUUCGAUUAGUGAAUAGCAGAGACGCUGCAAGUCAAGAGGGAAUCCUUUUAAGUCCUCAAAUGAUGUGCAGUUACAAGUAUCCUCCAGUGGAAUCGCAGCCAAUCUUUGCAUUGCCACAGUUGGCUUUGCAACAACCAAAAGAAACAUUAAAACCAGUUACUCCAGAAUCAAGAGCUAAUGAUCCUGUAUUUAUUCAGAAACAAAGAGAUGAGAAACUCCAAAAUAAAGCAAGUAAUAUACAGAAUCCGUUAUCUCCUCAAGUUAGAAAGCAGAGUGAAGCUAGUAUAUACUCCACUCGAUCACAUCACACAAGAAGUAAAACAGUUAUACGUCCACAACAACAGCAACAACGCCCUAGUUUAUCCCAUUUAACCGUGCAAGAAAAUUUAGGUGUACAAGUCGAUCGCAUCGUGGAUUUAAGUACCAGUGCUGUCAGACUUAAAGUGACUGUCUACAAUCCCAAUGGCGAGGUAGCGCUUGCAGAAAAUAAUAAGCAUGCGGAAUUUGUAACAAAAUUUACGAGGCCAUCGUUCCUCAAAGACGUUCAUUGUUAUUCUUUGCAACAGUGCUGGUUUCCAUCGUUGCAACUUUAUCAACGCUCUCUAUUAGUUGUGGAAGCGUACCAGAGAGCUGACAAUAAUUCAGAAGAUGACGUAUUAAUGGCAUGGAGUGCUGUGUGCUUAUUUCAAUUGCGCGGCAAAUCAGAAAGCCAGCAAAGAACUUCCUUACACAGCGGUCUUCAUUCAGCUUUCGAUCUGUCGAGAGAAACAAUACUUUCUGGUGCUGUCCACAUGCUGCUGUACGAACCGCCAAUGUUAAAAGUUAAAAAAAUAAUAGAGAAACUUCAGGAGAACAAUUUAUCCAGCUACAUCAGUACUUAUAGUACCGCUUCAGUAUUACUCCAUUUGUUUAAUGAUGAUGUACUUCCAACACGGUCUCCUAUGGCAAUACCAAUUGUACAACUUCGUCACCAAAUCCCCAUGGGUGCGUGGUUAGAUCAUACCAGGGAAGCUCCCAAUAAACUUUUUGAAAACGGAAAUGGGUUUGAUGUUUACGUGGAUUGUGGUAGAUUUUUCCCAGAUAGCACUGUAGCGUCUCGGGUAGUGGUUAGCUUGCAUGAUGGCGCCAGUAAUAAAUCAAAGGCGAUGAAAUUCUUCUUCGAAACCAAGCUUGAUCUUCACACGAACGCCUUAGAACCAGAGUAUAAUGCCAGAUUCGAAUUUCGGCAAUUCACAUUUGCGCCACAGUCAGAACUUGUAUUUGCGGUGUAUAUUUUGGAUGUGGUAACGAAACAAGUUUCGUUGUUCGGUCAAAGCAUCCUUCCAGUAUUUGUGAAGCCGAAUUCAAUUGAUCACGUGGAUUCGUCUGCUGAAUCGUUUUGUUUAAAUGAAGGUAGUAUACAGUUAAAGCUGUAUCAAUCAUCGCAGCAUGGAACAAAUUCUGAUAAAACUUUUCUUAAGAGUUCAAUACCUUGCAGCAGCCUACUUGUGCGUCUCCUUCCUGCUGCGUGCUACCCAGACGGAGAAGCGAAGAAGGCAGCAGAUUUUCCUGAAGAUGAAUGGGUCGCAGAAGGUGUUCUUGUACCUCCAAGAUCUUACCACGAAGGUAGAUAUGAUUCACAACAGUGUCGACCAACACCUUCAGUAGUUGAGUUGUUUCAUUUUUUCAACAACAGAGCUACAGUGAUGGUCAAAGAUGCUGCAAAACAAAUCGCACCUGAUGGACGCAAAACAAAAAAUGAGGAAGGAUUGCUCGAAUGGUUGAAGGGCAAAUUCAAGUUACAGGAACAGACUGUUUUGUUUAAUACAAAAUAUCUUCUCAAGUAUGAUUCAUUACAUGGUUUAUGCGUGCGUCUUGAGCGGGCGCAGAAUAUUUUGUGGAAUGGCUUUACCUUUGCAACUCUGUGUAUGUCUCCACCAAGCGCAUAUUACCAGGGUUCUGUUGACGAUCCACUAAUUGUGUUGACUCAGAUUGAUCCUGACUCAUUGCAACGUCAUCCUCAAUGGUUCGAAACUACCAAGGUAUUGCCGCGAAGACAAUUUCAUCCUAAUCUUGCUGUGAUUGUUCAUUUAUAUGAAGUUGUGCCACAGGAAAAUAUCUUUACAAUCAGCUCGCAGGCGUGGACCGUGCUACCAGUAUGUACAAUGGGAUAUCUUUCAUAUGGUGUUUAUCAGUUACCAGUCUUUCAAGGUGCUCCUUCCAAGCAACUUAUCAGUGACAUCCAGUCACAACCUUUGAUACCAGCAAUUGCCACUAUGCGCAAGAAGAAAUUGAUAAAAGUCAUCGAUGGAACGUCCGUGUAUCUUCGUAUUGGAGAUCCAAGAAGAAUUGACGAGCUGGAGAAUGAAGAAAUGAAAGUAAACCAGACGUACUUGCCACGCUCUAACAAAUUUUUAAGCUCUAUGCAAUCAAAAUCCGUUCGAACGUUAACACCAGCUGGUAUCCCUGUGGAUGAUUACAUCAUCAAUGUUGGGAAAGCCUUUCAGAAUUUACUUCAAGCAGUUUUUGAAAAACAUCAGACCACAAACACGUAACCAAGAAAGACGCUUAGAGAAGUGAAACAUCCUGUUUUGUCUUAGCCAAUCAGAAAUACUGUUAUUUAUUUGUUCUUAAGUAUUUCUGUAGUAAAUUCAACGUGGUUAGUUGCAGUUAAGGCGAUUUUUUUCAAAUAAAGGAGACCAGAGAUGGAAUUUGAAAUUUCUUGUUAAAAAGUUUUCAGUUUCCUAAAAUGGAUGUGUUUAUUUGAAAGGCGUAUGACUCUUUUACUAAAAGAUCUUGUCCGAAUAAAGAUCCUGUCCGAAUAAAGAUCCUGUCCGAAUAAAGAUCCUGUCCGAAUAAAGAUCCUGAGUGUUUUAUAAUGACUGUUGUCAAAACUUUCCCUGUCCCUUUUUUUAUUUCCUUAAAUUAUUACCCUAAGAAAUUUUAGUGGUUAUAUAUUAUACAGAGUUAAGUAGUAUAUUUUAUAGAUAAAGUUAUUUAUUUUGUACGUAAUAUAAAACCAAGAAGAAUAGAUUUAUAUUGUAAAGUUUUAACGCACAAAUCAUUUUUUACUAUUAAUUGGAAGUUGACGAUGGUCAGAGUGUCACGAUUGAAAUGUGAAAU